GAGUUGGCAGCACUGUUGGGAAAACGAGAAGCAGCCUCAUUAUGGGUGAUAUGAGCUGGAAAGAUUUUCUCACACAGGCCAAGCAAUUUCUGGAUAUUUCCCAACAGUUGGGAGAUAGUUGGAUGCUGCAGGAAAAGGACUCGAAUGAACCCAACACCUUCCUCAAGUUUAGUCAAAAGAUUAAGAGUAAAAGUGGGGAACUAAUCAAUGUGGAGUACCAUGUGGUCUACAGUGUCUCCUAUCAAGUGCCCAUGCUAUUUUUCCAGGCUCACAGAUCGGAUGGCAGCCUCCUAGAUAUAGACGCCACCUGGCACUGCUUCAUGCCAGAGAGUAAGGCCGGUGAUCUUUACCAGAUAUUGACCCAAAUGGACCAUCCCGUGCUCUUCAAGCCCUUCAUGGCCCUGCAUCCCUGUCGCACCGCCGAGGUCCUGAAGCAAUUCGGCCAGCCCAGUAACAAUCAGGUGCUCACAUUCAUCAGUCUCUACGGUCCCCAGGUGCAGUUGAAUCUGCAGAAUGCAUACGGCCUCAGCUCUCAGAGUUCAUACACAUAAUUCGCAUUU